AUGUCCGGUCCCGGCGUGGGCUUCGAGUACCCUCCCCAGCAGGUCACCUGGCUCCAGCGUGAUGCUCUCCUCUUCGCCAACUCCAUCGGCGUGACCCCCGAGGAGCUUCACUUCCUCUAUGAGCUCCAUCCCAACUUCGCCGUCUUCCCUACCUAUCCCAUCAUCCUCCCGUUCAAGGGCGCCACCCAAGAAGUCAUCGACUUCUACGCCUCCCAAAAAGCCACCCCCAUCCCCGGCGUCCCCAAAUUCGACCCAUCCCGCGCCGUCGACGGCCAGCGCCGCAUGACCUUCCUCAAGCCCCUCCCCACCUCCUCCGAGGGCCGCCGCUUCGAGAUCCGCUCCAAGGUCCUCGGCGUCUACGACAAGGGCAAGCCCGGAACCGUCGUCGACGUACAGUCCGACCUCGUCGACGCCCAGUCGGGCGAGGUCUAUAACCGCGUCGUCGGCAGCGCUUUCUACAUCGGCCAGGGCGGCUGGGGCGGUCCCAAGGGCCCGGCCUCGGAGAACUUCCCGCCUCCUAAGGACAGGAAGCCUGAUGCCGUUGUUGAGCACCAGACGAACUUGGGUUCCGCUCUCCUCUACCGCCUCAAUGGCGACUAUAACCCCCUCCACGCCACCCCCGAGCCCGGUAAGAAGAUGGGCUUCGGAGGCGUUAUUCUUCACGGUCUUUACUCGUGGAACAGUACCGCACACGAGCUCCUCAAGGUCUUUGGCGGUAGCAACCCCGCCAACAUUAGGGAAUAUCAGGCCCGUUUCGCUAGCCCCGUGAGGCCUGGCGAUAAGCUCGUCACUCGCGCCUGGAGGACGGGCACCAAGGUUGACGGUGACUGGGAGGAGAUCAGGUUCGAGACUCAGAUUGAGGGUGGUAAGGUCUGCUUGAGCAACGGCAGGGCGCUCAUCAAGGUUGUUGGCUCCGGCGCGAGCGCUAAGUUGUAA